CAUACGUCUUAUAAACACUCAUUUUCCAAAUAUAAUACAAAUGGCGACGAUGGAGGACAGUGAGACGUUUUACUCGGCGGCAACUCCUUUGGCGUUUGAGAAAGGAAGCCUUCCAACAGCCGUGAAAUCAGCAGAUCCGUCUGCAGCCGAUUUGACCGCGCCUCCAAAGCCUGUAAGAGUCACCUACCCAGCAGUCGCCGGAACUUACCCCGUCGUGUUAUUCUUCCAUGGGUUUUAUCUUCGCAACUGCUUCUACUCUGAUGUUAUUAACCACGUAGCUUCUCAUGGCUACAUUGUUGUAGCCCCACAGCUGUGCAAGAUUAUGCCGCCGGGAGGGCAAGUGGAAGUGGACGAUGCUGGAAAAGUGAUAAACUGGACCUCGAAAAACCUCAAAGCCCACCUCCCAAAUUCAGUAAACGCUAAAAGCAAACACACCGUACUCGUGGGCCAUAGCCGCGGUGGUAAAACCGCGUUUGCGGUUGCAUUAGGCCAUGCUGCAACAUUAGACCCAUCCAUCAAGUUUUCAGCUCUUAUAGGAAUAGAUCCAGUUGCAGGAAUCAGCAAAAGCAUAAGAACUGAUCCGGAAAUCUUGACGUACGAACCGGAAUCAUUCGACCUGGACAUACCGGUUGCAGUGAUCGGUACGGGUCUCGGGCCGAAGAGUAACAUGCUGAUGCCACCGUGUGCACCAGCGGAAGUGAACCAUGAGGAGUUUUAUAAUGAGUGUAAGGCUACGAAGGGACAUUUCGUGGCUGCGGAUUACGGACAUAUGGAUAUGUUGGACGAUGAUUUACCCGGUUUUGUCGGGUUUAUGGCGGGUUGUAUGUGUAAGAAUGGAAAACGAAAUAAGAGUGAGAUGAGGAGCUUUGUAGGUGGGAUUGUGGUUGCGUUUUUGAAGUAUAGUCUAUGGGGUGAAAAGUCAGAGAUUCGACAGAUUGUGAAGGAUCCUUCAGUUUCUCCGGCGAGGCUUGAUCCUUCGCCGGAGCUGGAAGAGGCUUCUGGUUAUCUUGUCUAGAUUUGUGGUUAUCAUCCUAUCAGGUUAUGUAACGUAUUGGUAAUGUCAGAGAGAGCUUCAAACUCGUCAUAAGCGUAUUACAUGUUUCACUACUUUAUUAAACUUGUUGAGU